AUGUCGAGGUACUCUCUUCGCCAGACUCCUCGAAAGAAGGAGCCCUUUGAGGGCAUGAUCGAGACGCCUGGCCGUCGCGUCUCCAAGCGACAAACCUCAUUGUCCUUCGAAGGCUCUGAUGCCGACGCCGAGUCCAGCUCCGCCGCCGAGACUACCACCUCCUCACGCGCCACCCGUGCCCUCCGGCGACGAGGCGCACCCAAGUUCGUCGAGCACAUCGAUGACGACAACGAGAACAGCAGCCUUGUCCAGAACUCGGCUCAGCAGGCUGGUCAGCCUGAAGAGGAGGAGGGCGUGCUUACAAGGCGCAAGACUGCUGCUGCUGAGGCCACCAACGGGCAUGCUGCUGCUGCCGAGGACAGGGUAGUGGACGGCUGGAAGCCCGGCAUGGACCACAAGAUCGAUUACUCGGGAAGAUACGAGUUUGGCGGCAGCCUGGGUGUGUCUGCCAUGAUGAUUGGCUUUCCCCUGUUGAUGUGGUAUAUGUGGAUCGGCGCAACCUACUACGACGGUCGUUUUCCCGCGCGGGAAGCCGGCCAGAGCUGGGGAGACUUCUUCCAGCACCUCGGCCACCUGGUCUACACGGGCGCAUUCCCCACCCUCAAGGCCUGGGCCAUGUACUGGAUCUUCUUCGUCUUCGAAAUGGUCCUGUACCUCUUCGCGCCUGGCGUCUACGGCUAUGGAAAGCCCCUGCCCUUCGAGGGCGGCAAGCAGCUAAAGUACUACUGCUCCGGCUUCGUGUCCCUCUACAUCACCCUCGCCGUCUUUGCCGCCCUGCACCUCUCGGGCAUCUACAGUGCCGCCAGUUUCAUUGACGAGUUUGGGCCCCUGCUGUCCGUCGCCAUCCUCUCUGGCUACCUCGUCGCGUUCAUCGCCUACUUCUCGGCUCUCUGGCGUGGUGCCCAGCACCGCAUGACUGGCUCCCCCAUCUAUGACUUCUUCAUGGGCGCCGAGCUGAACCCGCGCAUGUUUGGCAUCCUGGACUUCAAGAUGUUCUUCGAGGUCCGGCUGCCCUGGUACAUCCUGCUGCUGCUCAGCGUGAGCACCGCCGUGCGGCAGUACGAGCAGUACGGCUAUGUAUCGGGCGAGGUGUGCUUCAUCGUGAUGGCGCACUGGCUGUACGCCAACGCCUGCAGCAAGGGCGAGGAGCUGAUCAUCACCACCUGGGACAUGUACUACGAGAAGUGGGGGUUCAUGCUUAUUUUCUGGAACAUGGCGGGUGUGCCGCUGUCCUACUGCCACUGCACCAUCUACCUCGCCAACCACGACCCGUCCGAGUACCGCUGGAACCGUGUCUUCCUGACCUUCCUCUUCGCCGCCUACAUUUUCGUCUACUGGGUCUGGGACAGCUGCAACGGCCAAAAGAACAGCUUCCGCGCCACCGAGCGCGGUACCUUCACCAAGCGCAACACCUUCCCCCAGGUCCCAUGGCAGUCCGUCAAGAACCCCAGGAAGAUCCCUACGCAGACCGGCGAUGCCAUCCUCGUGGACGGCUGGUACGGACUCGCCCGCAAGGUCCACUACACGUGCGAUGCCUUCUUCGCCAUCUGCUGGGGUCUGAUCACCGGCUUCAGCAGCCCAUUCCCCUGGUUCUACCCCAUCUUCUUCCUCGGCAUGAUCGCCCACCGUGCCUCUCGGGACAUUGAGCGCUGUCGCGAGAAGUAUGGAGAUGCCUGGAAGGAGUACGAGAGGCAGGUCCCAUACCUGUUCAUCCCCUAUGUCAUCUAA